GAGGUUCCGAGAUGGUGACGUCACUGAUACGCUGCAGGAGUCACGGCCACGGCGGAGGUGAUGCGAGGCGGUGCAGCAGAGGCCCCCAACAGUCACCAUCAUGGCUACGGGGAGAGUGUACGCGGUGCUGCUGCUGGUGCUGCCCGCCCUGACCCACGUGAACGGCGUGCCCCUCGACCAGCGUCCGCUCCAUGAGACACUGAGGCAGGAAUUCAGAGAUGCCAUGGAGACGGGACACACCGGGCCAACCCUCCGCCGCGUGGCUCAAGAGCUGGACCUGGGCUCGCUGAUGCUGGGCGGCGAGCUGGACGGCGGGGUGAGGGACGGGCCGCGCAACCUGUUCUUCUGCACCACCUGUAACUUAGGCGUGAACGAGGUGCUGCACUCCCUCCAGAACGGUACCGACCCUAUGGAGAUCGCUGCCAUGAUCACCAGGCUGUGCAUAGAUCUGGGCAUCGGCAGUGAGAAGCUGUGUGAGAACUUCAUUGCGCUGGCUGAGCCUCAGGUGUUCUACGUCCUGGACCACUCCGAAGGCCUGACGGGGCGGGACGUGUGUGGCAUGAUGUUCAGCGGCUUCGGCUGCACCACCAACAACCCCAACCGCGUGUGGGAAGUGACGAUGCCCGCUGUGCCCAAGCCCCCCGUCACCCCGCCACCCACGCCCGCGCCCGGCUCCCCAGUGAUGAAGGUGCUGCAUCUCGCUGACACGCAUUACGAUCCUCACUACCUGGAGGGCAGCAACGCCGAGUGCGGGGAGCGAUACCACUGCUGCCGCGCCGAGAGUGGACCCUUGGAGACACCCGAGGCUGCGGCAGGCAAGUGGGGCGACUACCGCUUCUGCGACGCCCCGAAGAGGCUGCUGGAGGCCGUGUACAAGCACAUCAGUGAGGAGCACCCGGACCUGGACUUCAUCAUCUGGACCGGUGACCUGGUGCCGCACAACAUCUGGAACACGUCCCAGGAGACCAACCUGCAGACAGUCAGGGACAGCGUGCAGAUGAUCAAGGACUUCUUCCCGGACGUGCCUGUCUUCCCGGCCAUCGGCAACCACGAGUCUCACCCCGUCAACGCCUUCCCUCAGCCAUACGUGGAGGGAGAGUUUGACAUUUCGUGGCUGUACGAUGAGAUCACGCAGCUGUGGGAGACGUGGCUGCCUGCUGAUGUGGCUGCCAGUGUCGCCUACUCUGCCUUCUACUCCACACUCAUCAAGCCAGGUCUCAGAAUCCUCUCUGUCAACUCCAACUACUGCUACAGCUACAAUUGGUGGCUCCUUUACGAUGACGUGGACCCCGCCUCUGAGCUGCAGUGGAUGGCCAACGAGCUGCAGGCUGCCGAAGAUGCCGGAGAGAAAGUGUAUCUGAUCAGCCACCACCCGCCGGGCCACGAGGACUGCGCCCACACCUGGAGUCAUCAGUACAACAAGAUCAUCCUCAGGUACGAGUCGACCAUCGCCGGACUCUUCUACGGACACACGCACAAGGACCACUUCAUGAUGGUUUACGACCCCGAGGAACCCACCCGCGCCGUGCACGUGGGCUACGUAACGCAAAGCCAGACGCCUUACCAUGAGCUGAACCCCGGCUACAGGGUGUUCACGGUAGACGGCGACUAUGAGGGCUCCUCCUACCGAGUUCUGGACCACGUGAACUACAUUACCGACCUGGACGAGGCCAACGCCAACGAGGAGAGAGACCCUCGCUUUUACGUCCUCUACACGGCCAAGGAGGAGUACGGACUGCCUGACCUGACCCCCGCCUCCUGGUCCGCCCUCGUGGACCAGAUGAAAGAGCCAGGCAGCGAUAAGUUCAACACAUUCUUCAAGAACUACAUCAAGGACGCCAGGCCCUACAUGAUGAAAGGCUGCGACGCUGACUGCAAGUCCAACCUCUUGUGUCGUCUCGUGGUGUCCGAUACGUCUGACUACUCUCGCUGCGAUGGCCUCCGCUAAGUCUCAGUUCAGCGGUGCCGUCCCUCGCCUGGCCUCUGCUGUGCUGCUGUUUCCCUCUCCAGUCCUUCUCUUUUAGUCGUUUAUUUUUUUCUAUCUCCUCUUCAUUCUCUUCUACACAGUCAUCUCUUCUGUUGCUUUGUACAAAUAAGAUUUUGGUGAUAAUCUCUCUCUCUCUCUCUCUCUCUCUCUCUCUCUCUCUCUCUCUCUCUCUCUCUCUCUCUCUCUCUCUCUCUCUCUCUCCGAUUUCAAUAAAAAGAUACAAGAA